AUGUUUGAUGAUCCACGUAUAAAAGCUCGAUAUUUUCUUGAAUCAUCUUCUAUUAUAUCAGAACUUGAAGAUGUUCUCAAUCAGCUUGUUUAUGAAAAACCCAAUGAUCUUAAUGGUUACAUUGCCAAUCAUUUUUUGGAUCAAAGCAAACAACCACAAAUUAUUAAUUUGACUUUAAAACGAUUGAUAGGUCCUGCUGAUGAACCAGCCAUGCAUAUGGAUCUGACAAUUGCACUUAGAAAUAGAACUGAACAACAUAAUGGACUAACAGUAAAUUUAUCAUCAGGUAAAUUGAAUAAACUGACAACCAAACAAUUAGAUGCACUGGUCAAUUCAGCAUCAUUAAGAACAAUUCUUAAUGGAAUAGAUUUAUUCGAUCAAAUAACUAUUGAUAAUCUUCUUAUAGAUUUUCGUUCAAAACAUGCUGAUGAAAUGGCAAAAUUAGCGGCAACUGAAUCUGAAAAUUCAAACAAUGAACCUACUUCUGAUGCUGCAUUAAUUAAAGUACCAACAACUACACGUCCACCUACGAGUAGUGGUGGAGCUAAAACAGGUGUUGCUCCAGCACCGAGUAAAAAAGGAGCGGGUAAAGAUACACAACCGGUUGAAA